GUUUUGGAAUAAAGCAUAUUGUAUCUUCUCAUUUCCAAACUGUAUAUGAGAAUAGAAACUUUAUAAAACUGGUUAGACCAAAGUAAUAAUUAUGUUGUUCUCAAUUAAACAGCUGUGAUUUUUCAAAUCCAAACAUUAUAUUGAUUUGGAGCGCCUUAAUAAUAUUCUCCGUGUUUAGUUGCGCUGUCUUAUUUGUAUUAUUCUUUUUUUUUUUCACUAUUUCAUUUUUAUUUAUUUAUUUUAUCUGUUGAAUUUUCUCUUCUGGCUGCUGUUUUCCUCUCUCUCUCUCUCUAAACUCGAGAAUUUUUGUAGAGAGAGGAGGCAAAGUGCGAAAGCUAAACGCAGAUCCACGAUCAAUCUCCUCCACCUUCAAAAGCCUUCAAAAGUGUUUCUUCUUCGUCUUCUUCCUUUUAUUAUCUGUGCCUUGACAGAUCCACGAUCCGAUUCUGGUCAAAUUUUACAUUUCUGCAGAUAAGCUGCUCAUACUAGUUAUACAACAGACUCCAUAGAAGGUGACAUUUGUUUAAGAUACUCUUGUUCCUGGAACACAUACGAAGAUGAAGAAAGUCUUCGGACAAACUGUUAGAGACCUUAAGAGAGAGGUCAACAAGAAAGUGCUCAAAGUUCCUGGAGUAGAACAGAAGGUUCUAGAUGCUACUAGUAAUGAGCCAUGGGGUCCACAUGGAUCACUUCUUGCUGAUCUUGCGCAAGCUUCCAGAAAUUAUCAUGAAUAUCAGCUGAUCAUGGUGGUCAUAUGGAAACGCCUUAGCGACACCGGAAAAAACUGGCGGCAUGUCUAUAAGGCUUUGACAGUUUUGGAGUACAUGGUAGGCCAUGGAUCAGAACGUGUUAUAGACGAGAUUAGAGAACGUGCAUAUCAAAUUUCGACAUUGUCCGAUUUUCAGUAUAUUGAUUCCGGUGGUAGAGAUCAAGGAAGCAAUGUUAGGAAGAAAUCACAGAGCCUGGUGGCUUUGGUGAAUGACAAGGAAAGAAUAGCUGAAGUCAGACAGAAGGCUGCUGCUAAUAGAGAUAAGUAUCGCAGCUCAGCACCAGGUGGGAUGUAUAAGCCUUCAGGCGGAUAUGGGGAUAAAUAUGAUUACGGAAGCCGGGAUGAAGAGCGAAGUAGUUAUGGAAGAGAAAGAGAAUAUGGUUACAGAGAUGAUGAUAGAAAUAGUCGUGAUGGAGAUCGUCAUUCCAGGGACUCUGAAGACCGGUAUGGGAGAGAUGGUAAUAGGGAUGAUGAUUACAGGGGAAGGAGCAGAAGUGUUGAUAACUAUGGGUCACGAGGUAGGAGUUCGGAAAGAGAGCGGGAGGAUGAUGGCCAUUCUUCAUCACGGGGCAGUGGUGCUCGAGCUGAUGAUAAUUCUCAGGAUGGGAGAGGGGGGCUCCAGAGGAAGUUUUCUGAACAAAAUAUUGGCGCUCCACCCAGUUAUGAAGAAGCUGUCAGUGAUUCACGCAGCCCUGUAUAUAGUGAAAGGGAUGGUGGGGAGACCCCACAAGUUACCGCUCCAGGAGCUGCUUCUCCUCCUCCCCCACAAGUUGCUGCUCCAGAGGCUGCUUCUCCUCCAACUGGAACCAACACAGCCAAUACAACUGCUACUUUUGUUAAUGAAUCACCUUCUCAGAAAGUUGAGACUUUCGAUGAAUUUGAUCCACGCAGUGCGUUUUCAGCUGGCCCUCCAGCAUAUGCAUCUACAGAUGGUGUUACAGCUCCUCCAACUGUGACUUCUAUGUCUGCCCCUACCACCUCAAACAGUGUUGAGAUGGACUUGCUUGGUUCCCUUGCAGACGUAUUUUCAUCAAACGCAUUGGCCAUUGUACCAGCUGAUUCUAUCUAUGUUGAAACCAAUGGACAAGCAAACGCUGGUCCAGCUCCAUCGUUUUCUACAUCUCAGCCAUCAACUCAGUCAUUUGAUGACCCAUUUGGUGACUCUCCUUUCAAGGCCUUCACUUCUACUGACACCGACUCAACCCCACAGCAGAAUUUUGGAGCUUCUUUCCAGCCACCACCUCCAGCCUUCACUUCAGAGGUCUCACAUCCUGAUACUGCUCAUAACUUUGGCUUUGGGGACUCAUUUUCCGCCGUUGCCAAUCCUGAUCCUGCUUCUCAGAAUGUGCAACCUCCAUCGAACUCACCAGGUUUUCCUCAAGAGCAAUUUGCUACAUCUCAGAGUGGUAUUGAUAUCCUCGCUGGCAUUCUCCCACCAUCUGGACCUCCAGUACAAUCGGGUCCCUCAAUACCAACAUCUCAAUUUCCUCCCAGUGGAAACAACAUGUACGAGGGAUUUCAUUCUCAGCCGCCGGUAUCUACAGCUCCAAACCUGCCUGGACAAACUCCAUUUGGACAAGCUGUUCAACCAUAUAACAUGGUUCCUCAUUCUCAAAAUAUGACUGGAGCCAUGCCAUUUAAUAGUGGAGGCUUCAUGCACCAGCCGGGCUCACAAACUCCUUACUCUACCCCAAGUGGACCAGCUGGUCAGUUCAUGGCACACCAAGGUCAUGGAAUGCCGCCAUCCCAUGGUCCACAACGAACUCAAUCCGGACCUGUUACUCUGCAAGGGAACAACAAUGUCAUGGGAGACAUGUUCUCGCAAGCUACGCCCAACUCCUUGACGUCAUCAUCAUCUCAUCCAGAUCUCACACCUUUAACAGGAGCAAUUGAGAUUGUUCCUCCGCCUCAGAAAAAGUUUGAGCCAAAAUCAUCAGUCUGGGCAGACACGUUGAGCAGGGGGCUUGUUAACUUUAACAUAUCUGGAUCUAAAACAAAUCCAUUGGCAGACAUAGGAGUUGACUUCGAGGCGAUCAACAGGAGAGAGAAACGGCUGGAGAAACAAACAAACACACCAGCAACAUCGACUAUCAAUAUGGGUAAAGCCAUGGGAUCAGGCACUGGCUUAGGGCGUUCUGGUGCAACUGCUAUGAGACCUCCACCUAAUCCAAUGACAGGCUCUGGCAUGCCCAUGGGCGGAGGAAUGGGUGUUGGUAGCUACGGAGGUAUGAACCAGAACCAACCCAUGGGUAUGGGUAUGGGGGCCGGAAUGAACCAAAACCAACCGAUGGGUAUGGGAAUGGGACCCGGCAUGAACAUGAACAUGAACAUGGGAGGAUAUGGCCAAGGCUAUCCGAUGCAACCACAAAACCCAGGGAUGGUACCUAGCCCAAACAUGCCUGGCAAUAACUACAAUCCGAUGAUGGGUCAAGGUGGUUACAACCCUCAACAAUCCUAUGGUGGUGGAUACCGGUAAGAUCAAGCCAAACAUGAUGCACUUGACUUCAUUCGUGUAAUCAAGAAUACGCUCGCCUGUGCUUUUUCUUUACUCUGGGAUAUGUAAUAUCAGUCGAUAAAAGUACUCAGGUUACAUUAUUCAUCCAGGCAACACGGCUCCACGAAUUUUCUUCUCUGUUUGUUCUUGCCUUACUCGUCACUCAUCAUUCAUUUUUAUUUUUUUCUGGUUUGGACCAAAUUGAGAGCUUGUUGUGAAAUUUGUACCAGUGUGAGAGUGGCAAACCUUGCUCGGGUCUGCCCUUUUUUUGUUAUAUGCAUAUAAUUUGAUAUAUACACAUUCACUUCUAUUUCUUUAUUUUGAAGAUGUGUAAUACAUUUCUCAUUCACGGAACAAAUAAAAUCUUUACAUUUUUGUAUUCUC